CGUCUGUCUUUGUCUCUGCCAGUUUCACUCUUUGUUCCUCUGCCUCCGGGCUUGUUUCUCGCUAGGUGCCCUGCCCAGUUCCUCCGACUCUGCUUCAGCGACUUGAUAUCUCUCUUAUCUGUUUCUACAUGUCUUUGUUUCAGGAGGCCUAUCUUUUGCUCCUGUGUGUUUGGUCCGCUGCAGUCUCUCGGUCUCUCUGCCUUUGCAUCCUCUCUGACUGGGGGCUCUUAGGGUUACGACUCUGUGAGUCCCCGAAUCCAAGUCUAAGUCCAUCGGCCUGCCUCUACCCAGCAUUUAUCUGGCGUCUGCCACUAGCUCCCGAUCCUGCCUCGGUCUCCCCCAGCCCAGCCCAGCCCAGCCCCCACCCCCGGCCCUCGGCCUCGCCGACCAGCCCGGCUUUGUUUCCUGCGUCUCGGCGCCCCGCCCCCGCCCCGUCUGGGGUCUCCGCCGCCCUCUGCCGCCCUUUGUCUGCCUUGGUCUUUCCCCCACCCCUUUCCCUGGGUCUGUCUUUGGCUGUCUUUUUGUUUCUCCAGGCUGGGGUGGCUGGAGCUGUCUGCCACCUCCGGAGGUCGGCGCGGGUGGCCGGACACAGCGACAAUUAGGAAGAGUCUUCGGCCCUCCGCAUCCAGCUCCAGCCCAGGAAGCACACGGUUAAUACCACCGAGUUCGGGCAAUUGGACUCGGCUCAGAGUAGCCCUCUCCGCGGCACGCGGCUGCCCGCCGGCCACCGAGCUCCAGAGGACACGGGCGGCCCCCACAGGCGUGCAGCUCCUCCAGGGUCCUAGAGCGGCCCGGUGCCGCCCGGCGCUUCCGCUUCCCGUCCCCGCCCCCAGCGGCCGCCCCCGGGACGCCCGGGUCCAAUCCCCCUCCCGGUUUGGCGCCGAGCCCGAUCCCCGAGCCACUGGUGGCACGGGCACCGGAGCCCCACGGAGGAGCUCCGGAGGGCCCCGGACUGGCGGAAGCGGCGGCUGAAGCGGCGGCGGCAGCGGCGGGAGGGGAAGGGGGCGUCUGCGCGCCGGAAGGAGCAGCAGGGCGGCGUGCCGGCGAUGGAACGCGCGGUGGGGCCCUGGGGUCCGGAUCUCCGUGGCUCAGAGGAGAGAGAGCAGCUGAGAGGCGCCCGCACAGGUGAGGGCCGAAGCGGUGCACCUCCAUGGGCAGGUCUAGGGAAUGAGCAUGCGGAGAUUUCUCAGCCAAAUGAGUUUGAACAUGCCCCACAGGAGGAUGACUUGGAGUUCAAGGAAGAGGAAGAUUUGGCCCCAGGUCAUGAAGUAGGAAAUGCCUCUCUCAAACCUGAAGGCAUUCAGACCUGGGAUGACCUGUGGGUCCAGAGGGAGGGACCUGGAAAACCUCAGGCUCGGGACAGAGGCCCUCGACUCCUAGGAGAACCACGCUGGGGCCAGGCUAGUGAUCGGGCUGCUGUAUGUGGUGAGUGUGGCAAGAGCUUUCGGCAGAUGUCAGAUCUGGUGAAACACCAGCGAACCCACACCGGGGAGAAGCCCUACAAGUGCGGGGUCUGUGGCAAGGGCUUUGGGGACAGCUCUGCCCGGAUCAAGCACCAGCGAACUCAUAGUGGCGAAAAGCCCUACAGGGCCCGGGCACCAGCCCAGGGGCCCCCAAAGAUUCCUCGGUCCAGGAUCCCGGCUGGUGAGCGCCCCACUAUCUGCGGUGAAUGUGGCAAGAGCUUCCGGCAGAGUUCGGACCUGGUGAAACACCAGCGGACACACACGGGCGAGAAGCCGUACAAGUGUGGCAUCUGUGGCAAGGGCUUUGGCGACAGUUCUGCCCGCAUAAAGCACCAGCGGACGCACCGAGGGGAACAGCCCCCCCGGCCCGUGGUGCCCCGGCGGCAGCCAUCUCGAGCGGCCACGGUGGCUGCACAGGGACCUAAGGCCCAGGAGAAGCCAUACAUCUGCACCGAUUGUGGCAAAAGGUUUGUGCUCAGCUGCAGCCUCCUGAGCCACCAGCGCAGUCACCUGGGGCCCAAGCCCUUUGGCUGCGAUGUGUGUGGAAAGGAGUUUGCCCGGGGCUCAGAUCUGGUGAAGCACCUGCGCGUGCACACGGGAGAGAAGCCCUACCUCUGCCCCGAGUGUGGCAAGGGCUUCGCUGACAGCUCUGCGCGGGUCAAGCACCUCCGCACCCACAGUGGCGAGAGGCCUCACGCCUGUCCCGAGUGUGCCCGUACCUUCAGCCUCAGCUCCACUCUCCUCCGCCACCGCCUCACUCACAUGGAGCCCCAGGACUUCAGCUUCCCAGGCUACCCGCUGGCCCCCCUGAUCCCCAGCCCGCCCCCCAGCUCCAGCCCACCCCCACCUCCUCUAGGCACCAGCCCCCCGCUGACGCCUCGAAGCCCUUCACACUCAGGGGAUGGCCCUUUUGGCCUGCCUGGCUUGGAGCCGGAGCCCGGGGGCCCACAGGCUGGAGAGCCGCCACCACCACUGGCGGGUGACAAGCCCCACAAGUGCCCUGAGUGUGGCAAGGGCUUCCGCCGGAGCUCGGACCUGGUGAAACACCAUCGCGUACACACGGGGGAGAAACCCUACCUCUGCCCAGAAUGCGGCAAAGGUUUUGCCGACAGCUCAGCCCGCGUCAAGCACCUCCGCACCCAUCGUGGGGAACGGGCUAGGCCGCCACCACCAUCCACUCUCCUGAGGCCACAUAACCCCCCUGGCCCAGCACCCACUGCCCCUCGAUCACGAGUCCGGGCUCAGCCGUCUGGACCCAGCCAGCCCCACGUGUGCGGCUUCUGCGGGAAGGAGUUUCCCCGGAGCUCAGACCUGGUCAAACACAGGCGCACACACACUGGGGAGAAGCCAUACAAGUGUGCGGAGUGUGGCAAGGGCUUUGGUGACAGUUCUGCCCGUAUCAAGCACCAGCGUGGGCACCUGAUCCUGAGGCCCUUUGGGACAGGAGAUGGUCGGGCAAAGCCCCUCAAAGAGGAGCCAUCAACGGGACUGGAAUGAUGGGGUCCAGGGAGGGUGGAGGCCCAAGAGACCAAAGGGAGGGUAUCUGCUGCUUAAGCAGAGAAGAAAGGGCCCCGGGAAGUGGUGGGAGGGAGAAGGAAGGGAAGAAACCAAGGGGAGAAAGGAGUGAAUAGAUAGAGAUUUGGAGACAAAUGAUCUUGAAGCUCAGGAAACUGUCCUGGCUGGGCUGGGUCAGGACCUUGCCAAUGUGGUUUAUACCCCUAGCUUCUAGAACACUGCCUAGACUACAAUAGGCAAUAAAUACUUGUUGAUAAACUAGCCUUAGCCUGAGGGCCCUUAAAGAAUUCUAAAUUCCUACUGCCUCUUAACCUGUAAAUUGACCCCUCCCAACCUUGCCUCCCCCCCACCCCCACCCAGACCGGCAUCGUGAACCUGGUUUGUUAGACCUAGGAGCAAUGAGACUUCUGAGGUUAAGGGUUAGAGUGUGAGACAGGGCCAUCUUGACCAUCCUCCUGAUGGGGAGAGUACUGUUGGUAGGCAGGCAGUACCCAGCCUCGGGUCACUGGACAUGGUCGGAGCCAGGAAGAGGACACUUGGAGUGAGUCCAGACCCAACUGCGCGACCACCUGGACACAACAGAAUAGGUGAGAGACAGCACAAUGAGCACUCAUUUGCUCUGGACACCAAGCCCAGGUCCUGGUGGACGGCAGCAGAGACACACUGGCUGGGAGAAGGGCAGUAUGGGAGUGAGGAAAGGCCAGGGAAGCACCAAGGCCUGACAGCCACAUCUCCAUAUGUCUUCUCGCCAAUAAACUGCUUCUUAUCUGAG